UAGUGAUGAUGAUGUAUCUGAUGUAAAUUCUUAUUUAUCAGUAUUUAAUACAAUUUCCAAAAAAGAAACAGAAUGGAAAUUAAAAAAUGGAAAGUUAGUUACAGAAAUUCUUGCAGAAGGAACAAUGAAGACAAUGGAAGCUUCUAAAACAAAUACUAAGAGACCAAAAGCUUUUUACAACAAUGUUAUUCGUCUUGGAUUGUCAUACAUUGUAGAUCUCACAUCUGAAUUUGAAAUUGGAAUGCAUACAUUCUUUGGUGAAGAAUGGGAUGAUCUUAAAACCAAGGUGUAUGGUCAACUCAAUCUCACACCAUUGCAUUUUGAGGGCAUUAUUCUUGAAACCAUAAAAGCUAUUGAAGAGGCACGAGAACUUAUAUUGGAUAAGAUGAAAAAUCAUUUAGACAUGUUUUUGCAAAAUCCAUAUGUGUUUAUUUGUGAAGAUGGUCAAAAGAGAAAGCUUACAGAGAUGGAAUAUGUGCUAAAGGUAGUGGCACCUAUCCUAGAUGUUGUGUUCUCCAAUGUUUCAAGCAUGAUCAAUCUUCGCACAAAAUGCCGAAAAAUUGACUUAAGAAUCGAAUGCAGAGUCCAAGGUAUGGAAGUUGUGGAAUUAAGUCAUUCUUCGGCUGCACCAAGUGCAAUGCCUGCAAAGACUGUAAGAGAUCGUAGUAAUGUUAUAGAACCAAUCAAUGCAUACUUAAUGAAUUAUUGA